UGAAAGGAACAAGGAUAGAACGUUAACAUAUGAAUGUCAGCAGGAUGGCAGGAAAAAAAACAUUAAUAUCAAAUUCUUCAUCCAUUUUGUGUUGUGUUCUCAGUGCAUGCAUGGACGACAACUGGCCUGCUCAGGUUGUCCCGCAGAAGUAAGAAGCUUGCCUCUCCCGAGCUGGAGUUUUGGGCUCCUGACACGCCCAUUCUUAUCUCUAAUCUCCACCUGUAAAUCCCGGCGGGGCAGGAAGUGGACGCACAAAGCCAAGGGAAGAAGCGGCGAGGGUGUCGCCAGAAGGGCAACAAAUCAAGAAUGAAAACAAUGGCCGGCGAGAGAAAGUUGGGAUAUAUUUGAGACGAGGAGUUUCAAGAGAACUCCAGGCCAUGUUUAAGGUGAAAGAGGUCCCUACUCUGGUGGUCCUUCGCCCCGACGGCUCGGUCCUGUCCCCGAAUGCCGUGCAGGACAUUUGCCGCUCGGGCUGCCGGUGUUUCCGCGACUGGCAGGAGUCGUCGGAGCUGAUCGAGAGAAGCUUCAUGCUGAACGAGGAGUUCGACAACCUGAAUAUGCGCACCGCCAGCGACCCGCUCCAAUAGGCUACACCUUCUCCAGGACAGUUCAAGAUGGCAGACCUGUUCGUUGACCGGGUCCUGGUGAAGAACAACAGGGACCAGGACGAGCUGGACACAGAACGUGAGAUCGUCAGGCACCUGCAGAACCGCAUCUUGAUGCUUUUCUUUGCCUCUGGUGCAUGUGAGAGAUGUCGGAGGUUCGUACCCGAGCUCGGCGACUUCUUCAAACGCUUGACCGACGAGUUCUACGUGGAUCGAUCUGCUCAGCUGGUCCUCCUGUACAUUAGCUCGGACCCGUCGGAGGAGCAACAAGAGCAUGUCCUCAAAGAGCUGCCUAAGAAGUGUCUGUUCCUGGCCUACGAAGACCCCUACAAGGGAGAGCUGGAGGACAUGUUUAAUGUGAAGGAGCUUCCCACAGUGGUGGUCCUGCGCCCCGACUGUUCAAUCCUCAUUCCGAAUGCAGUGGACGAGAUACUCCGGCUCGGCCCUGACUGCUACCGCAACUGGCAGGAAGCAGCAGAGCUCCUAGACAGGAACUUCAUGAGCACAGAGGAUUUUCAGGACAAGUCCACGCAUAGCUUCACAGACCCGAUCAGGAGACUCAAGUACAAGGUGAAGGACGACAAGAAGAGGAAGAAAGAGCAGAAAAGAGGCUGGGAUUGAGGAGGAAACGAUGCGAGAAGGAAGAGGAGGGUUGCCGUGGUGAUGGGAAGACUAAGAAGAUUGUAUUGACUUUGAGGAUUUGUGAGACAUUGCUUUUUCUGUAUAUGUGUACAAAUCCAGCCCAGGGACUGACACCAUACCGGUCCUGGAGUUCAGUUCAAAGCUCGGGAGACAAACAUGUUUGCAGCAAAUGCCUAAAAACCCGAGAGUGCUCCUGUUGUACUGAGGAACUUGGACCCCUGAACACAUUGGCAGAUCCCCUGGCAAACAUAAAACACUGGGGUCCACACUCGAGAUUUAAAUAACUUAGACGUUCCUCAAGGCACCCUUUAUGUCCUCUCCGUUUGGCAGUUACAAGAUUUUUUCGUGAUGUGAUUUAUAUCAGUGGUCCCCCACCUUUUUUGCACCACUGACCGGUUUAAUGUAGGCAUUAUUUUCAGGGAGCGGCUUUCCACUUCCAGGUAAAUAUCUGAGUUACUGUGUAGAAAUAUGGGGAAAUAAUUACAAAAGAACACUAACAGUGUUACAAAAAAGAUCAGUUAGAAUAAUACAUAAUGUUGGGUAUAGAGAACAUACAAACCCUUUAUUUAUUGAAUCAAAGAUACUGAAAUUCCACAACAGAGUGGAAUUGCAAACAGCUAAGAUUAUACACAAAGCAAACUAUAACCUGCUUCCCAAGAAUAUACAACAAUUCUUCUCAACAAAAGAAGCGAAAUAUAAUCUUAGAGAAAAAUGUAAUUUAAAACAUUUGUAUGCACGUACAACACUUAAGACCUUCAGUAUAUCAGUAUGUGGAAUUAAAUUAUGGAAUGGAUUAAGCAAAGCAAUCAAACAAUGUACUAAUAUGAUCCACUUCAAGAAACUCUUCAAACUGGAAGUGUUUACAAAGUACAAAAAUGAAGAACCAUGAUAAACAUUCUGAUUUUACUCACCCAUUCAUUCUCAAAAUAAUCUGAUUUAUCUCAUCGUAUGGAAUAAAACUUACUUAAGCAAUUAUUUAUUUAUUUAUUUGUAUGGUGAUUACUUAUUACUUAUGGAGUAUACAUUGUGAAUACAUUGAGAACAGGAAGUGAACAAAAGUUUUAGCAACUGUUAUGUAAAGAAAAGGGGUAGGACUAAAUAAGCUCUGCUUCUUCCUCCUCCUUUUCGAACAUGUUGAAAAGAGAAACUGGAAAUUGUGAUGUAUCAUGUUGUAUGCUUGCAUGUUCGAAAUAAACUCAAACUCAAACUCAAAUACAGCAAAAAUAAGUGCAUGAAAAAUCCAACUCACUAUGAUGUUUGUUAUUGUUUUUCAGGGUUCCCCAACCUUUUUUCCACCAGGGAUCGGUUUAAUGAAUGCAAUGUUUUCAGUGGCCAGCCAUGGCAGAUAAAAAAUGAGCCUUUGGCUUCAAUACAGCACUUUAACAUUUUAU